CACAUUCUAUUCGUUUUCAUAUUUGAAGUUAUGAAGAGUUUCACGUUUCAGCGUGAGUGAAAUGUGAGCCUGGAUCACAAGACGAUGUCUGAUUGGCUGUGGAAUGGCUAACUCCAUUUUGGAAACAGCUGUUUGAAGACCUAACCUUCCCUCAUUGUUUCGGGAGGUUGCCAGAGAAACAUUCCCGCUUUAUGAGACUUCAUCGCUGUAAGAUUUACAUUACGUGUGGCAGAAGGGCCCGGAAACUGAAUUGGUGUUUGAUCCGAUUGUAUCAAGUGGAUAAUUAAGGCUACAGAAUCAAGAGAGAGCCUCAAUGGACGGCUGCCUGCUUUACACAGUCUUCUGGGUUCUGUAAAACUGGAGUUUGUGUAGCUACACUCUUCACUGCUGAUUAUUUUGUUCCAGCCUGGUUUAGCUCAGCUUUGUUUUGUUGGCCUCAGUAAGGCUGUCCCUCUCCCUCCCCCUCUCCAUCAGACAAGAGCAGGAAAUGAUUUCAGUUCAGGUCCCUCCUCCCUUCAGACAGACGCUGUAGGGUCCCUCCUUCCCUCAGACAGACGCUGUAAGGUCCCCACAUGUGUAAUGAGGUGUCUGAUCAUGGACAGAUAAUGGAUGUGGAGACAACAACACCGUACUCUGACUUCAUCAACUGUGAUCGUACAGGCCGCAGGAACGCAGUACCUGACAUACAGGGACAGGGGGCAGCAGCCAGCACCAGUGAAUUAACCAAAGACAUGGAAGGGCUGGACCUGAAGGUGGCGGAAGGAGACUCUGGUGCAUCACCAGCCCCUGAGGGUGAAGGGUUGACCAGCCAAGAGGCCCAGGGAGGCGAGGGCCCAUCCUAAUCCACCUCACAGGAGUGGAGAGCGGGACACGGAGAAGAAGGGACAGAAUAAGACAGAGAGAGGAUCUCCUGAAUGUCCUGCCUGACUAGACCCUACCCCUCUCCUAACUCAACAGUGAUGACAUCUCUCACUGUGUAGCUUUGAUGGAGCUUUGCUGGUCCAGCUGCAUGAUCCUUCUCCUUUAUCAAUUGGCAUUGUGGGAAAUGUAGUUGACAGAACAGUUGUUGACAAGUAGGACUACAUCUGUUCUUGGCCUAGAGGUGCUGCUGGGCUACGGUGGUAAAGGAAAAGUUCUCACAUCACUAUGAGAAUGUACCAAACUUUGGAUCUAUGUCUCUCCAGAUGUACUGAACACUAUCCUUUCUUAGAAUGAAAUGUUGUUGUUCCAAACCUAACAUGGAACUAUCAUCAAAAACGAGCUAUGUAGAAUCUAUAAUCAUGUUUGCCAUUUCUUUUGUGUUUAUUAUUUUACCUUUUGUUUUACAAUAAUAAUAGUAUCAUAUUUAUUUCAAAUGGUUCUCUGAUACCUUUUGUAAUAGUCAUUUCUUUUCUGUAAUAAAAGGUUUAUCUUCUGUUA